AGCUCACUCACUGACGGCAAGGAAGACCUGUAGCUGUAACAUACAAUACUUACAAACACUUUGGAAAUAUUCAGUCGUGAGCAGGAAGAAAAGAUCUCAUCAUGUGCAGAGGACUGGAAUCACUGCCCAUCACCUGCCUGGAGAGGGCAAAGGAGCUGAAAGCUUUGUUUGGAAGUUUACUCCAGAAGUCAGAUCACAGCAUCACUGGCGCUGGACAGACAAAGAAAUGUGACAAACUGAGGUUAAAUACCGAUGAACCUCUGAAGUGGAAGGAGUCGUUUGAGAAACUGCUCUCCUGCCAAAAUGGACUGUGCCUGUUCAGAGCAUUCCUCGUCAGUGAGUUCAGCGAGGAAAACAUUGCCUUUUACUUGGCCUGCGAGGACUACAGGGCCACUAAACCCUCAAAGCUGGCCACUAAAGCGAAGAAAAUUUAUGAGGAAUUCAUUGGAUCCGAUGCACCACGAGAGGUAAAUCUGGACCAUGUGACCAAAGCCAUCAUCAAGAAGAACACGGAGCAUCCCAGUCAGUCCUGUUUCGACCUGGCCCAGUCCAAAAUCUACACCCUGAUGGAGAAGGACUGCUACCCUCGCUUCCUCAAGUCCUCCACGUACCUGGAGCUCAGCAGAAAGACCAAGGCAUCCUAAAAGUCUUUCUCCCUCUCAUGAACUUUCCUGCGAGCUGCAGACGAGACGUGAUGACUCCUCAAAAGGCACACAGGCUUUCUGACGCACAGCGGAGACCGGAAAAGGUUUCGGAUUGGAAUGAAUUCCUAAGUCCGAGGAGUUUCACCCAUGUGGAGUUAUUCUGGAGACAUGGGGGUUACACACCGGCCGGGGGUCCGAGCCGACAGCUACAGGAAGCUGAGGCUGUGACAAUAGACUGAGCUGCAGAUGUCUGACUCUGAAAGAAACACAUGUGCUGUAUAUACAUGGACAGCAGCCUCAGUGACAUGAAGUACAUCAAUGCAGAGACUGACAAGAAUGAAUUUCACACAACUAAAACUACCACUAGGAGAGAUGCACAUCCUCUCCGUAGCAUUAAUUUGUAUUUAUUCUUUAUUUAUUAAAAGUUAAUAUUUAUCAUGUGAAUGUUUGCCGUGCAGCUGGUCAGUGAAACUGAUUUGAAUUUAUUAUAUUUUUUGUUAUCUGAAGUACUGUAUGUGAAACUUGAAUAAAAGAAUUUCCAGAGA